UCGUAACAUAGACUUGAAACUUCAGCAGCUUACAGAGCCACGUACGAAAACACAUUUCAAUACCAUAUCUGAGGACUACAUGUCAGACUGCGUAACCGGCAUUUGCAAGGAGCAAACGCGAGCACUAACGGACCUGACGACAUGCGACGUGUCUCCGUCAUCAGUCGUUCAGCGACACCGCCGUGUCCGAUCGCUUUUGUAACAUAUUGUCACAAGGCUAAAUGUACAUAUUCCUGUCUUUAACGAAUAACCGUUUUGUAACUGUUUCAAGAGUCGUAUUUUAAAACUUUAUCUAAUGCGGCCUGGCCUCGUCGGGAAAUGGAAAUGCAGCUAUCGAUUUUUUAAAGGUAGGUCAACGUUAGCCGUUAGCUUGGUUAGCCACUCAGGCCCGGCUGUAUGUGAGCACAAAGGCCUUGCACACCGCCUGGCUUCCUAACAAUGUACCCCUCCUGGGGAAACUAUGGUGGACCUCAGUCGCAAAACUAUGGAGGGCCCGGGCCUCGCAAGCAACCGGGUGCCGGCCACGCCGGCCCGGCCGCGGGGUUCGGCGGCUUCGAAGCCUCGUCCGGCGGCUCGCUGUUCUCCAGCCUGAAGGAGCAGCACCUCCAGCAGAUGCAGCAGCUGCAAAUGCUGCACCAGAAACAGCUCCAGUCUGUGCUGCAACACGGCAACAGUGCCGGCGCGUACGGUGGUGGGCAUUCAGGGUUGUCGUGGCAUUCAGAGGCCUCGGGACAUUCAGACAGCAGCCCUGGAGCUCAGCCCUACUAUAAACAAGACGCGACUCCGGCUCAGCCGACGAGGGGCCCACCUGCUCCCAUGCAGGGUCACCAGCAGCCGCCUCCGCCUCCACCACAACCGCACCCCACCGAAUCCCAACCGGGUCCUCCCCCUCCGGAGCCUCCGUCGUCAAAGCCACCGGAGAACAACGGUGCUCCCAAAGCCAGAGAGACCAACAAGAAGGAUUCAUCCACGACGGAAGACGACAAAUCCUUACCUUUGCAGGAACAACAGCAACUUUGGUACAAGCAGCAUCUUCAGAAUCUACAGAAGUUGAAGCAAGAGAAAGCCAAACAGAAUCACAAGGAGGGUGAUGGCCCUGUGCUGCCAGCCCCGGGCCAAGGAGUUCCUCCUCCUCCUCCAUCAGAACCACCAAAAAGCACACCUCCUCCACCCCCUCCAAAAGAUGAGCCCCCAGUACCACCUCCACCACCUGAGGAACUAAGGAGCGAAACUGUAGGAAAACCACCUACAUUUACUGACACACCAGAAGUCCCACAAGACCCAGCGGAGGCUGCCCGCCUCCAGCAGUUACAGGCUGCAGCAGCGCAGUGGCAGCAGGUGCAACAGCAGAGAGCAGGCUUGCAAUACCAGGCUCUAAUGCAACAGCACGAAAAGCUUCAGCAGAUUCUGGAACAAUACCAACAGCUGAUUAAGCAACCUGCAGACCUUCAGUCAAUGUCUGCUGAAAUGCAGCUGAGGCACUAUGAAAUGCAGCAGCAGCAGUUCACCCCUUUAUUUCAAGACUGGGAUCGCUCAUUUGUCCUGUGGUAUGAGCAGUUCCAGACCUAUCCCCACAAAGACCAACUGCAGGACUAUGAACACCAAUGGAAGCAGUGGCAGGAGCAGAUGAACGCCACAAAUGCCCACCUUCAAGAAAGGGUGGCCACUCUGACUGCCAUGGUGCCGUUUGCCUCAGGCCAGUACAAUAGUGGUAUGAUGGGUCAAUUUGGCCAGUACCCUGGACAAGAUAUGCAAAUGCAGCAGCAGCAGCAGUCACUAAACCCGGGUAUGCAGCAUUCUCCAGUUGCUGUUGGUCCCAGAUCUCAAGGUCCACGCCCCCCUGGGUUUGGGUCACAUCUGGAAUCACCUGCUGGACCCCCUGUGAGAGGAGGUGGCCCUGCUGGCAUAGGAAUAAGACCCCCAGGUCCCCCCACUAUUCAGCCACCAAGCUUCAACAGUGUUAGAUGUCCACGAGGAAACAACCCUAGAUUUGACCAGCCACAGCAGCGCUUUGAUGGUCCUCCAAGGUUUGACCAACCACAGCAGCGCUUUGAAGGCCCCCCUCGAUUUGACCAGCCAAGGCUCCGCUUUGAUGGUCCUCCCAGAUUUGACCAACCACGGCAACGCUUUGAUGGUCCCCCUAGAUUUGACCAACCUCGAUUUGGGCAGCAGCUCAGGUUUGAACAACCCCCAAGGCACCCUGGCCCUCCACCUUGUUUUGAACGCCCGCCUGUGCCCCAGCAAAAACAACAGCAAGGUCCCCAACCUAAGGCAGAAACGGCCACUAAACAACCUGCCAGCAUGGAAUCCAAGACUCCAGGUAAAUCAGCUGUGCAGCCACAGUCUGAAAAAGAAAAAAGUGAAUCAAGACCAGAUGAUAAGGCCAAUGCUGAAGACAUGACAGAUGACAACUUGCUUGUUAAUGAGGGUUUUUUUGUCCAAAGUGACCCCAUUCCUCAGACAUUACAGACAAACACAAAGCUUGAGGAAUCAGAUGGCAAUAAUGCUUCUGACAGUAGUGACAAUCCCAAGGCUGUUAACAGCAAGCCUUCAGUAACUACUGCUUCUACUGUAGCAUCAAAAAAUGCUCCUGCCCAAAAUCCCCUCAAACCAGAUGGACCACUGACAAACAACAAACCCCCAAUGGUUCCAAAGCCCCCAGGAAUCCAACAGGAGCCACAAGCUUCUGGCCAAAAGCAGUCAGGAUCAGACCCUCCAAGGCCUCCCCCUGGAAGGGGCCGAGGCCAGGCCCCAGUACCUGUCCAAGUGCAUGGGCGAGGUCGGGGGCAGAGGGGCCGUGGAGAGUUCAGGGGACAGAACACUGUCCUGCUUGGGGAGAAGAUGGGAGAAAUGUCCUAUGACUACAUGCCACCUGAAGAGGACUUAGGGAUGCCAGAAGAGCAGCAAGAAUAUCACUGGCAAGAUCCUUCAUACGAGGAGUUUGGUGGUGAGGAAUCUGAGGUGCCUCCUGAAGAAAUGUGGAUGCCAGAGGAACAUCACUUCCCAACAGAGGAAGAUUAUUAUGAAGAGCCAAUAGGAGGACCAGCUAUGGGGAGAGGAGGGCCCCCAAUGAUGAGAGGAGGGCCCCCUUUGGGAAGAGGAGGCCUACCUAUGGGUAGAGGUGGUCCUCCUAUGGGGAGAGGUGGUCCUCACAUGGGGAGAGGUGGUCCUCCUAUGGAGAGAGGUGGUCCUCACAUGGGGAGAGGUGGUCCUCACAUGGGGAGAGGUGGUGGUCCUCCUAUGGGGAGAGGUGGUCCUCCUAUGGGGAGAGGUGGUCCUCCUAUGGGGAGAGGUGGCCCUCACAUGGGGAGAGGUGGCCCUCCUAUGGGGAGAGGUGGCCCUCCUAUGGGAAGAGGAGGGCCACCUAUGGGAAGAGGAGGGCCACCCAUGGGAAGAGGAGAUCCAGUGGACAGGCACUGGGAAGAAUGUGAAUCAGCGGAGUACUCACAAGAAGAUGACCCUUACUGGGGAGAGAGGAGACCUCUAAUGAGAGGAAUGAGACCCCCUUUUCCACCUGGCCGGGGUCGUCCCCCUCGUGGUCAUCCUGGCUUCUUGCACCAAGGACGAGGACGCCCCCCUCACCCAUCACAUGUGCCAAUUGAUCACGAGCCGUUAGGCCAUGGAAUGGACACUGAUAAUACAGAAGUUGAUGCAGCAAGGCACCCCAUGUAUCAUGGACACGAUCCUCACAGCCAUCCAAUGCAUCCUGAUGCAGGAAGAGGCAGGCGUCGUGUACCACCUCCGCCCCAUGAAAUGAUGGACCCUAUGGAGGAGCCAUUGUACGAUGAGGGAAUGGAGAGAGAAUUAGGGUGGCAACCGCCACAUGGCAGAGGCCGCCCUAUGCCUCCACAUGAGAUAAUAGAUAGGGGAGGAAUGAGGAGGAGACCUAUGGGUCGAGGAAUGGCAAGAGGUAUGUGGCGGCCAGGUCCAACACAUGAGGAAUUUGAAGAGGGAUAUAAUGAGGGUUACGUCGAGGAUUAUGGUCAUGGGGAAGACGGGUAUCGCUGGCAGCCACCACAGGACUAUCCUCCUGAUGACUAUCGGAAUGAGGCCAAGUAUUAUGAGCCUGAAUGGGACAGGGAGCGUCCUCCUCCUGAGAGGGACUAUCCCCCCCGCAAGCCUCCACCAGAGCCCUACAGGGAUGGACAUUGGCUAGAGGAAAGAGAAAGAGAAAGGGGUCAGCAAUUUCCAUAUGAUGAGCACGACAGGGGAAGAGGAGAACUUAGAAUCCGAGAAUACAAGGAUGAGCCACCAUACCGACAGGUAGAGCCACCAUACCCACCACCACCCCCUUCAGAAUGGGAUAGGCCUUCAAGACUCCCUCCACCACCAGAGAGAGGAUAUCCUCCUGACUAUGAAGAUCGCAGACCCCGCUAUGAGGACCACAGGGAAGAGCCUCUUUUGGAACAACGUCCACCUCCACUCCCUGUAGCACCUGUAACAAACUUACCAGAGAGCACAGCUGAACCAGCACCACAAGGAACAAGUGGAGCAAAUGUACUUGCUCUCUCUCAACGUCAGCAUGAGAUCAUCUUGAAAGCUGCUCAAGAGCUUAAACUUAUAAGGGAACUGCAGGAGGGGAAGACCCCUGGUACUGAACCUCAGCCUGCACCAACUGAGGUCUUGCCUGAGCUUCCUGCUGGUCUUCUUGGUCUGGAGAUCCCACCGGAUGUCAGGAAUGUUUUGAAGGGCAUGACUGCAGCAGCGCAGACAGCUGCACCUGAACCUGUAUCUUGGGAUACAAAGCCUGUUGCCCCAGACUACCACCCAGUCCUCCCUGUUGCACCCGCAGCUACAGUGAUUCCAAAGACUGUGGAUUAUGGGCAUGGACAUGAGCCUGGUGCCACAGUUGAGCGGAUCUCUUAUGGUGAGAGAAUUGUGCUGAGGCCUGACCCGGUGCCCUCAGACAGGGGUUAUGAAAAAGAACCUCUUGGACCCAGAGAUCCUUAUAGCAGAGACCCAUAUUAUGAAAGACGAUCAGACCCUUACAUGGACCGCCGGGAGUACAGUAGAGAGAGGGAAUUAUACAGAGAAAAGCCUCCACCUGAAUAUGAAAGAGAAAGAUUUGAGAGGGAGCGCUAUCCCCCAAGAGAAAGAGAUGACAGAUCUCCACUGGCACCUCUCCUGCGCUCAGGAUACAGGGAGAGAGACCGGGAUCUUCGAGAUCGUGACCGAAGUGGCAGUCGUGAUCGAGAUGAACAUUACGGAAGGCCUGGCUACGAUAGACCUCCAUACGAGCGUGCUGGACUUGACCGCAGUGGGCCUGAGCGUUAUAGCCAUAGCUCCUCACCUUACAUGGACAGAAGAAGUUAUCCAGAGGACCGAGGGCCACCCACUGCACCACCUCUACCACCUCCACCUCAGCCACCCCCACGAGUCGAGAAGAAGCCAGAAAUAAAGAAUAUUGACGAUAUCCUCAAACCACCUGGCAGAUCAUCUCGGCCUGAAAGGAUUGUCAUUAUAAUGAGAGGGCUUCCAGGAAGCGGAAAAAGCCAUGUUGCAAAGCUCAUUCGGGACAAAGAAGUGGAUUGUGGUGGUGCCCCACCAAGAGUUCUUGUUUUGGAUGACUAUUUCAUGACGGAGGUUGAGAAAGUUGAGAAAGACCCAGACACAGGCAGGAGGGUCAAAAAUAAGGUUCUUGAGUAUGAGUACGAGCCAGAGAUGGAGGAUACCUACCGGAACAGCAUGCUUAAAACAUUUAAGAAGACUCUGGAUGACGGCUUUUUCCCCUUUAUCAUUUUAGACACUAUUAAUGACAGGGUUAAACAUUUUGAUCAGUUCUGGAGCGCAGCCAAAACUAAAGGAUUUGAGGUGUAUCUGGCUGAAAUCACUGCAGACACUCAGACUUGUGCAAAGAGAAAUGUCCAUGGACGCACGCUUAAGGAUAUAAUGAAGAUGUCUAACAACUGGGAGCCUUCACCCCGGCAUAUGGUGCGCUUAGAUGUCCGGUCCCUGCUUCAGGAUGCUGCUAUAGAGGAGGUUGAAAUGGAAGACUUCAAUCCCGAUGACGAGCCCAAGGAACCCAAGAGAGAGGAGGAAGAAGAGGGUGAUCUGGGCUACAUUCCAAAAAGCAAAUGGGAGAUGGACACGUCUGAGGCAAAACUUGACAAGUUGGAUGGUCUGGGGAGCAGUGGGAAGAGGAAACGUGAAGGUGAACACACGGCAGGCCUGGAGGACUACCUUCAGCUGCCAGACGACUAUGCCACACGCAUGUCCGAACCAGGAAAGAAACGGGUUCGAUGGGCUGAUCUUGAAGAGCAGAAGGAUGCAGAUCGAAAGCGCGCUAUUGGCUUUGUGGUGGGUCAAACGGACUGGGAGAGAAUAACGGAUGAGAGCGGCCAGCUGGCACAAAGAGCUCUCAACCGUACCAAGUAUUUCUAAGAAGAUAAUCUUAUCCCCCUUUUUUUCCUUCAUUGAACGGUGUCCUGAAUGUGAAAAUACUGGAUCUUACUCGUGGUGAAACAUGAGACACUUCAAGGUGAUAAUCACCAAUAGAUAUCAAAUUUUUUAGUUAUUCGUUGAUAAGGAUACAGUACAGUUUUUUGCCUUAUUUUUAAAAGACACUGCUUAUUCUCCAAUUAAUUUGUAGUUUAUGAUUCUCUGCUGCUUCUGGUCAUGUAUCCUGUAUUCAGUCAUGUUUUUUUGCUGUUUUAUACUCUUCAUGCUUUAUGUACUGUAUACCUGUAGCACUGUUUAUUGGUCCAUGCAUACUUGAAAAAAGACAAUAAAAGUUUCACAAAAUCA